GUUCACAUUGUUUAAUCAUAUGUUACUGAAUUAUGACUUAACUUCAUAUUGAUUGGAGAGUUAUUGAUAGUGUUAAACUAAGUAAUUUAACUAAGACAAGUCUGGACUAGAAAAGUACGUGAAGACUCAGACUGAAAUGUUUUUCUGAAGAGCCACACAUCUGCGCCUGUUGAAAGUUUUAGACAAAGGAAAGCCUUUCAAAAUGAUGAUCAACGACCAGAUGGUCCUGGAAGAGGACUAUGAUGAGAACUAUGUGCCUCCAGAGGAAGAGGUGGAAGAGUAUGCCCAAUGCAUCGGCAUAGAUCCUGACAGAGAAAAACAUCUACUCUGGAUUGCAAGGGAAGGAAUCAAUGCUCCUCUGCCUGACAAUUGGAAACCUUGUCAAGAUCCGAAUGGUGACAUCUAUUAUUUCAAUUUUGCCACUGGAGACAGUAUAUGGGACCACCCCUGUGAUGACUUCUACAAGAAAAUGGUCAUUGAGGAAAGACAAAAAUUUCAGCGUACUGGAAAAUCAGGUACACCCAAGAAAAAGAUACCAGAUGCAGGUAAAAAGAAGAAAGACAAACUGUCACCAGACAAGCAAUUGGGCCCCUUGAAAGCAGAGCAGAGCCUUGGGACCCCUGCGAUGCACAAACAGUUCCCUAAGGAGCAGGGCAAGCUCUCUGGGGGCCAGCUCAUACAGUCUGGGGGCCCGCUCAUACAGUCCGGGGGCCAACUGGGGCCACUCAAGGGCUCGGUUGGAGCCAGUGGAUUGAAAGAAAAAGCAUGGUGGAAAAAGCUUAUGAACCCACCUAAAUUAAACAAACUUCUGAUGCGCUCCAGUCUGAACACAACUACUGGUUCCCUGAACAAGUCUGGGCAUGGGCUGGGAGGCAGUGUGAACCUGAGUACCAACCUCACCAGCAGCAUGUCCAUACCUGUCUACUCAACCGAGUAUGAGGAUGAGGAUGAGCGACCUCAUAGCAGACGUCAAAGUGUGGACGUGGAGGGCUCAGAACCAGCUGGCCUUGGAUACGAGCACUCAGAACAGGAGACGGACAGUGAUGAAGACUAUGGGAAGGAUAUUGAUUUUGGGAUAGAUAAGAACCUUUCAGAGAGAAUAAUGGAUAUUGAGAACCACCCUGGAAUAAGGGACUCUUUGGAAAAGGACUUUGAUGUAACCUUGUCAGUGAUGUCGACCGCAAGGGGGGAGGACAACAGAAUCAGUCCACUUCAGGAGGACCGGAAACUCCGUGCGGAAAAGGCCGCAAUGGCUGCAGAAAAGCGGCUGUUCAGUGAUGCUGGAUUAUCAGGAUCUCAACGGCCUGAAGAAGUGAGAAAUGAAGAGGACAAAAUACGAACAUCCAACGAUAGAGCUCUUGCAGAAAUGCGCGAAAGAAUGGACAGAGAGCUGGAAAAUGCCAAACUAGAAUUGCUUGAGGAUAAAGAAAGUCGUCUCCAAAAAAUCAAAAACCAAAUCAAACGUGAAAUAGAGGAAGAAGAGGCUAAACUACGGAAAGAGAAAUCUUCAGUGGUUAACUCUUCUGUUCAGGAAGGGGACCAUGGGAGGCAACUCUUGCUAUCACAGCACGAGGAAAGUAUUGAGCAAUUAAAACAGGAUCUCACGGAAAGGACGAAAGUCGAGGAAGAGAAUCUGCGAAAGGAGAUGGAGGUGGCGCUGCAGAGACUGAGGUCGGAGGUUCAAUCCCUGCAGGCAGAGGAACAGGGCAAACUUGAGGAUGAAAAGAGGAAGGCCCUGGAACGCAUGCAGAAGAUGGUUGAUGAUGCAACAGAGGCGGAGAAGAAGCGACUUGAGCAAGACAAGCAGCAGACGUUAGAGACAAUGCAAGCGAAACACAGACUGGAGGCGGAGAGAAUAAGAGAGGAGGCAGAGCAGAAACACAGGCAGAAACUUCAGGAGUUGAGAGAGGAGCUGACUGAGAGCCAUGAGAAGAACCUGAAACGAAUGAAGGAGGAUCUUGCCCAUAUCCAAGAGCAGGAGAAAGAACAAAUGAAGCAAGAGCUAGAAGGGGCCAAGAAACGCCAAGAGGCCAUUAAUGACAUGGAAAAAGGGCUGGAGGAGGUGCUUGGAGAACGGAAGCAGGAGUUGAGGGACCAGCAUCAGAAGGAGUUGAGAAAGAUACAGGAGGAACAUGGUGCACAGCUUAAACGGCUCAGGGACGAGCACGCAGAUAAGGAAAAAGAUGAGAAAAAGUUGCUAGAGCAAAAUAUGGAUGCUGAGCGGCGUCGACUUCAGAAACAGCAGGAGAAAGAUCUGGAUGAGCUGAAAAGAGAGUUCACGAGAAAGAAGGACACCUUGGCUGAACAGCUGGAAGAUGAGCUCCGAGAUUUAGGAGUAGAGCAGGUUAUUAGGAAGGAGCAGGCUUUUCUACAGUUAGAAAAAGAGGAAGAGGAGCUUCAGGAGAGGAGGGCGGAGUUUGAGAGAAAGAAGGCGGAGAUUGAAAAGGCAACCAGGAACCUUGAAACUCAGGAGAGAAAGUUGGAGGAAAAAAGACGAAGGUUGAAAGAAGAUCUCAACAAGUUUGAAGAUGAACAGGAGGAGGCCUUUGCCAACCGCACGGUGAAGCUGAGUGCAGGUGAACUAGAGAGGAUGAAGUCCGAGCGCAAGCAGCUCAGUGAGGAGCUCCGGGCCGAGACAGAGACCCUGGAACAGGUCAAGGCCGAGAGGCGCAGUCUGGAGUCGGAGCUACUCAAGAUGAAACUCACCAGGGAUACCACCACGCACAAACUCAAGGAGAUGAAUGAGCGCCUGUCUCGCAAGGACAAGGAGUUGGAGGGGCUGCAGCAGAAGCUGAUAGACGGCCUUGAGGAGGAGAGGACCAUCGCCGAGGAGCGGCUACGUAGCGUCACUGAGCGUCGCCAUGGCAAUGGUAGAGAGGACAUCAGUGAUGAUGAGGAUACACGCAGAGAUCUCAUCAGGAAUAAAAAGAAAUCAAAAGCCAAACAAAGAAGAGAUGAGGAAGAUGGUAUAUCUGAAAGGAAUGCCUGGAAUGAACUGCUCUCAGAUGACAGCAUGGAUGAGAGUCCUAUACCACAUGCUGGCGGCCUGAAAGAGCAUGUUUCAAAGGAGAAGAAUGCCAUAUCAAUGUCGAAGGAAUUCCUCCGCAAACAGCGUCACUCUCUCAAGAGAAGACAGGCCGCAUUACAGGCUGCCAAACAGGAGCUGUUGAAGGACAUAACAAGGCAGAAACAGGGGAACAUGUCCCCUGAAAGUGCUCAUGUACUGGACGAUGUGAGACAGAGCCUUGAGAGGGAGGCCGCUGAACUGGACCGUAUGACUGUGCAGAUGAACGCAGGGAACAGGCUGGUGAAGGAGAAGGAAAAGUACCUGCACAGGCUCAAGAACAGGGCUUCCAAUGAUUACAACAGUGACUCUGAUGCAGACUGGAGCCCCUUUGACUACAACUUCAAGCCGGCCAGGCUGCCCAACCUUGACCUCAGUGAGGACGAUGCUAGCAGUGGCAUCUCCAGCACAGACAACAGUCUGGAUAACGUGCUACAAGCCCUGCACAAGCAGAUAGAGUCCAAUCCCAGUGCCAUGAUGUCUGCCCAGUCUACUGGACACAUGCCUAAUGGGGACGCGAGACAUGGCCUAGAGCCUAAUGACCCCCUGGCUCGGUCCCUCGUCAAGAUCAACACGGAACUCUCCAAGAUUAUUCAGUCUAUUGGCUCAAACAGGAGUUCCUCUAGUACACCCGUUCAGCCAGCUUCAACCACCCCUGUGGCUGGCACGCCCUCCUCAUUUGUCCCCGUGGCCCCUUCUCCACAGAGCACUCUAGGGGGCUCAUAUCCUGUGCAGGCAUGGAGGCCCAACAACCCUGUCUUUGGCUCAAACCCCUAUCUCUACCAUCCCCAACAUAAGGUAGACUAUGCAAGCCUCGUUUUGAAUGCUGAACAGUCAUUAGAGAGAAAGUGGAGGAAAUACUUUGGAGAUCGCAAGCCACCUUUGAGCAGCGCCACCAACUAUAUGCCGCUGUCACCUGUAACCUUUGGUCACACACCAGUCAGAGAUCAGCUGCGUAACUUCCGGUCCAGUCUUCCAGAUCUUCCUGGAAUGGUCUCCCCUUCCCCGCAGAUACCUCUCACGUCUACAAUCAAUACCGACCGCCUGUCACGCUUCAUGGGUGAUGAACGACAAUCACGCUUUGUUACCGAUGAACGCUUGUCCGAACAGAAGGAAUGGCUGAAGAAGUUUCAACAGGACGCCAGUUUUGGCCUUGCGUUUACAAGGGCUACCGCUUCUGAUGCAGGAUCUGUACACAGUCUAAAUGGAGAGAACAAGGUGUCAGAACCAGUCUCGUGUUCCACGCCAACACGGCCUGCAGGCGGUGUGCGACUUGAGCUUGAUGAAAACAACGAAAUACGUGUCAGGAAAUUCUAGCGAUGCAUUGCCCUGGAAUUGUAGUUUCAUAUUUAUGUGUACAUUUAGAAGCAUUUACAUGUCAUUACAUUCUUUUAAAUCACAGUACCAUACUUAAAAAAAAACACGUAUUGAAAUUGAAUUUUUACAUUAUUUUAAUUAAUAACAGGUAUUUACUUAUUAUAUUUAUUCUGCAGAAUGUGUGAUUUAACAGAUAUUAUGGGCAAUAAAAUUUCCUUUUAUCUUUUCGAAAACUAAAUAGCCUGAAAAUGUCUAUAAUGAUUGAGACUUUGCAGUCACCUCUCUUUUUAGAAUCAAUUUGUAGUACUGUUGUUUUGUGUAAAAAGUGUAAAUACUAUUAUUGGCUGUCUAGUUGGAUAAUGUUAUUAUUCUAAGAUAUCAACAGGUGUAGAAGUAGCAAGGUUUGUGAGCAUAUUUUAUUUAUUAUCUGUGAUAUGUUGCCUGUACAGGUAUAAAUUUCUGGACUAUAAAUGAACAGGUUUUAAAUUUAGAACCCUUGUGCUUUUGUCUUGGAAGAUUUUUUUACAUGGUCACAAUAUUCUGUAUUUGUGCUGUUUUUAUGUCCAUAUGUUCUUUGGCUAUAUGAGUGUUCUGUACAUAAAAGUAAUGGCUAGAUUUACUUUUUUAAAGUUGCUAUUUAUUUUAUGUAGUUUUGUUUGCAAAUGUUGCAUGCAUAUAAAUGCAAACAUUUAGAUAAAGUUUGAGCUGAAUGUUGAAGUCAAAAAGACGCAUGUAUGGAUUCUUGAUGUAUGAAUGUUGAGCUCUUUUUGAAUAGCUUUUGAAUCUCCAUGACCAAAUUUUUAAAAAUGAAUAAAAAGUGUAGUAUAAUUACUUAGUUGUUUAACAUUAUGCCUGCAUCAAGAUGGCGCAAUUAAGCAACAAAUUUAUGUAGUAAAUUUUCAGUAAACCAUUUAAUUUUGAGGUUUUUAUUUUACAAUUGUAAGGAUCAGUUUUAUGUUAAACAAGAAUUGGUUUAUUAUUUUGUUUACAAUACUGCAAUGAUUUCUUUCAUUUUUUUCUGUCAUUUGCUCACUUAAAUUGGUUCAUAAAACCCUCGAGCUGAUAAAGCUAUUUUUUAGAAUUAGAAUUGUUUUUGUUGAGUUAUCAGAAGAAAACUCUUCUAUAUUAGUCUUUGAUGAUCGUUGUUAGCAGAACUUGUCUUAUAUACAAUUUCUUUUUAUAUCAAUUAUUAUCAUUUAAGUGCACAGGCGUCUAUGAUUGCUUUUAAGUUAUUUUACAAUCCUACUACUUAUUACAUUCUUAUAAGUUCUUCAGUAAUACCAUCCCAUUCCUAGAUAUAUAUCUACUUACUUUUCUUUAAAUAUCCAUGUAAUAGAGGAUCUUGUCAUUAUUAACAACAAAUUAUCAUUUAUGAGACUGAAAUGAAAUUACUUUUUUCUUGUAUGAUUUCUGUUGUAUAUUUAUAUGAAUUCUUUUACAAUAGAUACAUGCGCAGACAGAAAUAGCUUUUAACAUAAGUCCUUUUGAACAAACAUGGACAGAAUUCACUGCAAUUAAUGGCAAAUCUCACAUUAUUAAUAGUGGUACUUUUGAGCCUUUUACUCAAUAUAAAGUUACUUACUUCUCUAACUUGCACUUGUUGCUGUGUGGUGUUAAAACUGUUUUACUUUAAUAUUGUCCACACAUAUACCACUAUAAACUCAAAUGUAUAGCUUGACUAUUCACUGAAUUCACGUCAGUUUGAAGCAGCUAUAAACCUCAGUAAAACCCAUGAAUCUCCAAGUUUACAAAGGUCCAUCCAUUCACGGGUAUAAGAAUCUCUUGUUGUAAGAUAUAACCGUCAAUUUUUGUUAAUUCUUAUUUUUUUAUACUUGCUACAUGUCAUAUUAUACUAAUCAAAUGUACAUUUGAUAUGUCUGUAUAUCAUUGUAUUGCAAACAAUAUUUAAUUUGUCACAACUGACAUUGGAUCAUUUUUUUUAUAUAUAUAUUUUUUUUCAUCUUUGGCAAACCACCAAAGAAUGACCAAAAAGGGAACCAUUGAUUCAGUAUUAAUUAGAAUAACCAAUAUGUUAUGUUAUUUUGUGAUAUAACAUAAUAGAAAGGCAUCAAAUCAACACAGUAGCUUGGUUCUAAUUUGUUAACAAGAGGGCCAUGAUGGCCCUGAAUCGCUCACCUGACUAACCUUGCUACAUCAACUUAAAUUCUAUCAUACCCAUAUACAAUCCCCAGCCAGAUUUCAUUAAUUAAUACAUUUUGACAAAAUUUCAUUAAGACGUGAUGAAAACUGUGACCCCUUUCAUCUACACAAGGUUUUACUAGAAUUGGCCUGGUGACCUAAUUUUUGACCCCAGAUGACCCAUAUACGAUCCAAAAUCAGAUAUUAUCAAGAUAAACAUUCUAUUGUCUACACAAGUUUUUUCUAUUAUUUGACCUAGUGACCUAGUUUUUGACCCCAGAUGACCAAAAUACAAUCCCAACCCAGAUUUCAUCAAGAUUAACAUUCUGACCAAAUUUCAUAAAGAUUGGAUGAAAACUGUGACCUCUAUUGUCUCCAAAAGUUUUUUCUAUUAUUGGACCUAGAGACCUAGUUUUUGACCCCAGAUGACCCAAAUACAAUCCCAACCCAGAUUUCAUCAAGAUAAACAUUCUAACCAAAUUUCAUAACGAUUGGAUGAAAACUGUGACCUCUAUUGUCUACACAAGGUUUUUCUAUUAUUUGACCUAGUGACCUAGUUUUUGACCCCAGAUGACCCAAAUACAAUCCCAACCCAGAUUUCAUCAAGAUAAACAUUCUGACAAAAUUUCAUAAAGAUUGGAUGAAAACUGUGACCUCUAUUGUCUACACAAGGUUUUUUAACCAGGUUUUUAACCAGGUUUUCCGAAGGAAAAAACUGGUUAUUAGAUUGGCGAAUGCGGGCGGGCUGGCUGGCUGGCGGGCGGGUGGAACAAGCUUGUCCGGGCCAUAACUAUGUCGUUCAUUGUCAGAUUUUAAAUUAAUUUGGCACAUUUGUUCACCAUCAUUGGACGGUGUGUCGCGCGAAAUAAUUACGUCAAUAUCUCUAAGGUCAAGGUCACACUUUGAGUUCAAAGGUCAAAAAUGGCCAUAAAUGAGCUUGUCUUGGCCAUAACUAUGUCAUUCAUUGUGAGAUUUUAAAAUCAUUUGGCACAUUUGUUCACCAUCAUGGGACGGUGUGUCGCACGAAAGAAUCACGUCAAUAUCUUCAAUGUCAAGGUCGCCACGACUAAAAAUAGAUUUUUUUUAAAAACAAACUUACAAAGGGGGUUAAUAUUGUUUGUUCAUUUCAAAAGUUCAGUUUGAGUUUUCUCCCUUUAUCAGAUUUUUUUUCACAAUCAAAACCUGGUUUUGUGACAAUUUUGUCCCUUGUCUAUUAUUUGACCUAGUGACCUAGUUUUUGACCCCAGAUGACCCAAAUAAUACAAUCCCAACCCAGAUUUCAUCAAGAUAAACAUUCUGACCAAAUUUCAUAAAGAUUGGAUGAAAACAGUGACUUCUAUUGUCUACACAAGGUUUUUCUAUUAUUUGACAUAGUGACCUAGUUUUUGACCCCAGAUGACCCAAAUACAAUCCCAACCCAGAUUUCAUCAAGAUAAACAUUCUGACCAAAGUUCAUAAAGAUUGGAUGAAAACUGUGACCUCUACUGUCUACACAAACAAAUUGUUGACGGACACACGCACAACGGAAGCCGGACAUCACACGGUCACAUAAGCUCACCAUGUCACUUUUUGACAGGUGAGCUAAAAAUAGAAAAAAAGUAAUAAAGUUUCACCUGUAAAUAAAUUAAAGUUGUAUGAUGCAUUAUUACAUUCCACCAAAAGAAAUCACUCUGUCCUGAAACUUGUAAGGACUAUUAUUCAAGGAAGAAUUUUAAGUUCAGCAAUUAGCUGAUGUUUGAGGUGAAAAAACUAUGUGGCCAUCUUCAAGUUCAAUGUUUGAAUUGAUAGGUAAAAAUACAGCUCUUAAUUGUCAAAAAAGGGCUUGUCUGCUCUUUACCUUGACUUUGAGUAAAAGGAUUUUAAAAUGCAAACAUAUAGUUGGUUUCUUCAAGGUCUAGGUCAUACUUUGAGGUCGAAGAUCAGAUUUUUGUAUAAAAAAGGCUUGUACACCCUGUUACUUUACUAUACAUUCAAAUAGCAUAAAACAACAAUUUGUAACACACAAGAAAUUCUUGGCUACUUUGAAAAUCCUUCUUUGAAAUAAAGAGCAAAAAUAUUGGUUGUCAUGACUCUAUGUGAGUGUCAGCCAUAGGUAAUUUUUGUGUUUACUUUAUUAAUUACAUUGUUAGUUCAAUAACUGGUUUUUGUCAUAUUUUGACGUGUUAUUUUAUCAACAUCUGUUUGGAUUCACGUGGAGAAAUGUGUAUUGCUUUAGUUUCUUUUCGAAGGCAAGAUUCGCCUCUGUGAAUAAAAAAUGUACAGUUGUAUAACAAUAGAGUAUUAUGAUAUUUGUUUACAUGAUUUAUUGCCACAUGUUAGCAUUUACAGAAUAAAUAAUUGGGUAUACUUUUAUAUUUUUUAUACCCCCGCUAUGAUAAUGACUGAAGCGCAUAGUAUUAACUCUGUCCGUGUUGGUGUGGUAUAUUUUGUGCCCAUAAAUUUGUAUUACAUGAUGGGAUUUCGCAAUUAAUUGCCACAAAUGAUCCUCAUAUUGAGAAGAUGUGUUGUGUACUUGUCGCUGUCUUCUAAACAAGGUCACAGUGGACUCAUGGAGUUUUUGCUUAGUCCUUGUUUGUAUUUUGUGAAAGUACAUGUUUGUAUUGAAAUGUGUCGUGGACCCUUGAAGUUUGUUCAUAGUCCAUUUAAUAUAGUAGUAGUAAAAGAUAUUCAUAUGACUAUGGUCUAAUCCUUUAUAGUUCAUUGGCAAAAUCUUUCAUCCUUGUCAGACAGCAUGUUGCAUGUACAUGUACCAUCAAACAUCAAACAAAGCUUACAAAUGUUAUUAUGUCUCAUAUGAAAGAGGCUUAAUGAGUAGCAACAGAUACAAAGGACCUGUAUAUUAACUGUUUACAUUAUGUCUGGCAAACAAUACUCGGCUCAGUUUCGGGCGAAAUUUAGUCAGGGCAUCUGUAUCCUUAGAAUACAUUUCUUUUUUAUUAUUGUUUUGGUUGUGAAGUCCGCAUCAGGGUUGUUUGUUGUUGAUAUGUAACUGGUUGUGAAAUAUUACUUUCUUCUGUGUUAUCACAUGGUUUAAGUGAAUACUAAUAUGCUUUAAACAGGCAUUAAUAAUUAUGAACUUUGUACAUUGGUUUGAUGUAUCAGUUUUUAUAAGAUUGACUGUAGAUUGAAAAUAAAGAAUCAUUUUGCUUUCACUUAUCUAUCGAUGCAACACAUUGCAUGAAGAAUCGCCUGCUGUAGAAAUCUGUAAACAAAACAAAUGAAGACAAUUGUAAAUAAUUUGUGCAACCUUUAGAACUUAAGUGUUAUUAUACCUAAAGUUUUCCAGUGAAAAGAAUGCUUCUUUUCUUGUUUGAUGGACAUGUGAAGAUUUGUACUUUUAGCAAGUGUAUUUUCGAUUUAGUUGUUGACAUAUGCACUGGAAUUAUGUUGUUUACACAUGUACAGCCAUUAUUUUGUUGAAAUGUACAGUUCUUUAAGAUUGUGUAUUAAGCAAACUUACCUGAAGUAGGAGUACCAGUAGCCUAUGCAAAUAAAUUGAUUUAUAAAUGUA